AAUAUAAUUCUAUACAGGGUGUUAAAAAAAAGGGUCAUAUAUUUUGGGAACAGGUAGUAUUGAUCAAAACAAGAAAAAAAAGUUUAAAUAAUAUGGAUCCUACAAUUAAUAUCUUCGAAGAUACAGGCUAUCUUUCUAUUUGAGUUCUUUGUUCUGUUCUUAUUGUUUGUAUCACCUCUACAAUGCAGUAAACAAAAGAGUAUUUACUAGUUUUGCUAUAGUAACAUUGGGUUAUAAUAACGUUGGGUUUGUAGGUAGGUAGCAAAUCCAAAAACAGCCAGGUAUAUUUGAAAGAAUGCAUGAUUGUCUGAGACGUAGCGCUGAAAAAUACAUGACAAUGAAUGGGAACCAUAUAGAGCACCUUCUAUAAUACUGACUGCAAAACUACCUCUUAAAGGGGUACCUAGUCAAGAUGAUGUGCUUGGAGUUGUUAAUCACAUUGACCAGAUGGUGACACUAUUGAUGCUGGAACUGCGGGAUUCGAAUUUACAUAAUCACUAUCAACAGAGCAACACUGCAACGCAUUCUCCAUGCUUAGAAUAUUUAUUAAGUGAAAAUUUACUUGUUAAACUGUACGAUUGGAGCAUACAUACAGGAAGAUUUAAUAAUGCUGUAAGAUUGGAACAAAUAAAGCUUUACGAGUUGCUCAUUUCGCACAGCAAUACCCUUCUUGCACAUGAACCAGUUACUAGACCGCUCUUACGAUUAUUAGAAGAAUGUGCAAAUGAUGUUAUGCCAUUAGAAGUAGAAAAAAAAUUAGUAGUAUUAUUGAAUCAGCUGUGUGUUGUUUUAAUGCAAAAUAUGGCUUUACUCGAUUUGUUUUUUCAACCAAAUGCAAUUGGAAAGAAUAAAUUUAUUAUAUUUAACUUAUUAAUACCUCAUAUUCAUCGAGAGGGUGGUGUUGGUCAGCAAGCACGUGAUGCUAUGUUAUUAUGCAUGUCGCUCUCAAAGAAGAAUGAUGAAGUUGGAUUAUAUAUCGCUGAUCAUUCCAAUAUAUGUCCUGUACUAGCUACAGGAUUGAGUGGGCUUUAUUCUUUACUUCCAAGGAAACUUGACAUUGAGACAGACGAUUGGUAUCAAUUGACACCAGAUGAUGUGAAUGACUUACCUGCACUCAUGCAGCUCAUGAACUCUUUAGAAUUCUGCAAUGCAGUUGCACAAGUGGCGCAUCCAAUGGUACAGAAACAGUUGCUUGAAUUUUUAUACCAAGGUUUUUUAGUUCCCGUCAUGGGACCGGCAUUAUUACAGGAUUCUCUUGGCUUGACCCUAGAACAGCUAGAUGUACAACAAUAUUGGACGACUGUGGAAGAAUUAGUUGCAGCGACAGCUUAUUUUGAUUUAUUUCUUCGAUCUGUGACCGAUCCUGGCUUGUUACGGUCGCUUAUUAGAUUUCUAUUAGAAGAUAAUUAUGACGACUGUAGAAUAUUGGAUAGUUUGAUACAAAGGAUUUCUUCUCGAUCGAGGUUAUGCAUAGUCACUCUGGCAUUGUUUGAAACUCUGGUUAAUUUAAACUGCGAAGAUAUCAUGUUAGAACUAUGUUUGAGUGCAUUAAGUCCGUGUUCGCAUAUAAUGCUUUCCCAACGUAGCCGACUGAGAGACAUAGAUCCCUUUGGACGUGCGGCGGAAAAAUUUUUAUCUCUAACUCCAUGUUGCUGUUCUACUGUAUUUAUAUCAUUGGAUUCUCAAACAAAUUCUUUACCUAGCACUACAUCAUAUACAUAUGACAAAUAUGGAUAUAUCGCAACUGAUUCAAUGAAAUCGUUACCAGCAUCGAUAAAUUAUGGUACGAGAUUAUCAGACAGCUUAUAUGGAAAUUAUCACGCAUAUCUCUGUGAUGCCAGACAAAAAAUAAAAACUUGCCGUAUUGCGUGUUCCAAUUGGUCUUGUCGGUAUGAUGGUGAUUUAUCAGAAAAUAGUAAUACCAGCAGCGUAAUCACAUUGAUAAAUGAAAAUAUUACAUCUGAUCAAUUGCAGAAGAAAACAGAAGAAUCUAAAACAUCAUCACUGGAAAAAACAAUUAAGAAUGCAACGAGUUCGUGCGAAAAUGAUGAGAGUGGGCUAAUAGAUAAUGUAUUAUAUAAUUUUCAGUGUCUAUUAGAAGGCAAAAAUUUAAACAGCAAUGAACAUAAUAUUAAAAAUGAAUUGACUAUGAAUGAAUUGACUAUGGAUGCUGUAUUAUCUCUUGACGAACAGACACAAUUGGAUGCUGAUAUUGCGGAAUUAUUAAAUGAAGAUAUAGGAAUGACAAAUUAUACGGAAGAAACUUAUUUAGAUAAAAAGGAAUCUGAUAGCUGUAUAGACGAUUCAGCUACAACCAUGAAUUCGCUCAUGUCGCUAGGAGAGAGUAGCGGUUAUGAAAGCUUUGCAUUUAAAGGAUCGCCGGAGUCAACGCCGGACAAUGAAACAAACGAAGAUCAUUUGAAUGAACACGAAGAAAUGCAUAUCGUAAUUAAGAAGGAUAUUAAUGAUAUUGUUGGACAUAAUUUUAUAAAAUCGAAUCCUUUGACAACUGAAAAAACGUCAUUGAGUAAAUCUAAUAAGAGUAAUACUUCGUAUCGACAAGAUAUAUUUAAUGGACAGCCAAACGUCGGCAUAUUUUUAGACGUAGUUUUACGAAAGCUUGAAUGUAUGACUAGUAAUAACUUGUAUGUCAAUUUACAUCUCACAGGUCUUAUUAGUAGACUGGCGAUAUAUCCGCAACCUUUAUUGCAAUCCUUUCUGCUGAAUCAUUCUCUUGUGUUUCAACCUAGCAUCAGAUCCUUGUUUCAGGUGCUUGCAUCAUUAAAGCACAAAAUAGAUCAAUUUCUCUCAAAACACAAUAAUAUAGAUUUAUUGGUUGAACAAGCAAGAUUAUUUCUGAUUAGUCGAGAAGACAAGCUAGUAAAUGCGAGAAAAAAUGUAUUAGAAGCUGCUGCUCAAUCCUCAUCUGUUAAAAAGCAUUCUCUGACUAGUGAAUCAUUCUCAAGAGUAUUUAAAAAACGGGAAUCGAAAAGGAGAAGUUUAACAUUAUCAUUUACACAAAUGUUCAAACGAUCAAGUAAUAGCUUAGGUAUAAGCAGCUUAACAAAUUCUAUCAGUCAGCCGUCCAGUAUGUCGGAAGAUCAAUUACAAAUGGUUGGUUCUGGAUAUAGAUAUGUGAAAACUUCAUGGGAAUCGCCGAAUGAAGUGAGUCCAGUGCAAAAUAUUGUUCUAUGUGCUGUUAUAUUAGAUGAAUGGCUUAAAGAGCUUGCAGCAAUAACUCAGGAACAUGCAAUUAUGUCUCUUACAGAUGGUAUUGGAUUUAAAGCUUAACAUUGAAACCUUUCGAAAUAACGCACUGUACUUUUGGCAUGCUAUAACAAGAUUACUCCUAAAUUCCGUCAAAUUCAGGGCCGUAUGAGAUUUGCAUGAAUAUGCCCUUUCAAGUACACCACUGGGAGAAGACAUUGGGACAUUGCGCCCACAGAUCUAUGCGUUGCUGCGCGAUUGGAUCGUUACUCUCACUCACACUACUCGGGAGCAGUCAAGCAUAUAUGGAAAAGAUGUGCGCCAAUUCGAGAUUUCACUGUAUAUCUAUGAAUGAUGAAUAUUUUAACAAAAUUGAAAACUAAAAUAAAAUAUUCAGCACAACACAAAA